AUGUCGUUGCAUUCGCUUCUUGUGAUGCUUCGGCUUCCCUUAGACCUUGUUGUUGUCGUGUUAAGGUACUACAUCUUUGGAGGGUUACGCUUCAGAAAAUUUAACAAGAGUCUCUUGAACUGUCUUAAACUCAGAGUGUAUCGUACUUCUCUACAGGUGGAUAUGAUGGAUGGAAAGUAUCUUUUUCCUUACUCCAACAGAUUUUUAAUCCGCAAAAUAAUCCCCUUCAUUGCUCGAGAAUUGGUCAAAGACUUGCCUGGAUAUGGUGAACUGUACGAUCCAAACCUGAUGUGGCUUGUCAAACAGGAGGACAGGAAAUCUUCGGAUCCAAUCAUUAUAUUUUCCCAUGGUGGCGGAUAUUUUAUUCAAACUGCCCCGCUGCAAAUUAAAAGUGUGCUUUCGGUUUACCGGCUUCUUGAUUAUGAAAAGCGCCGCCGCACCUCCAUCCUCUUCUUGGAUUACAAUCUAAUUUCAGAGGGCUAUCCGUUCCCACACCAGCUCCACCAACUUCACAAAACUUACAGCAAGUUAGUGAGCGAAAAGAAUGACAAUAUCAUUUUGAUGGGAGACUCUGCUGGUGGUCAUCUUAGUAUCUCAUACACUCAAUUUUUGAGAACCGUCUCGGCGCCAGUGGUGUAUCCUCUGAAAAUGGUUCUCAUCAGUCCCUGGGUCAAAUUGAGUCCACUUCCUGAAGAUCUUGUUCAAGGGAAAUCAUGGAAUGAUAAUGAACAUUAUGAUAUGAUACAUCACUCUCGGUUUGCGUCGAUGCUCGAUUUGAGACACCUUAUCGGUACAUCUGAUCCAUUCUCGAUCAUAUGCUCACCGGGUGGUAAGACUCCUCGCACCCAAGAUGAUUGGAAUUGUAUUCCUCUGUACUCCGAUGAUAAACAUGAUAUUUUCCUUAUAUUAGGCGAAGACGAAAGCUUCCGUGAUGAUGUACUCCAGUGGGCCAAGUAUGCAAUUGAUUUGCCUUGGUUCGAGAAAAUAAAAUACGGAAAUCUGCACGAAUUUUUGGACGAGAAACAUUACCAAUUAAUUCGCCGUGGUGAACAAGGGAAAGUGAAUCUCAGCGUUUUCAUAGAGCCUCAUGGCGUCCAUGACUCUAUGCUCUACUUUGAAGAUGUAAUUGCAUCUGACGUGAGUCGCAAACUCAAGAGCGGGAAGCUGCCUAACGUGAGAGAUUAUGACAGAGCAAAGUAUUUUGGUAUUGUCAGACUUGUUGAAUUUUUAAAUUCUAGCCUUUAA